AUGGAUAACAAUGGAGUGGCCAAAACUUUGAAAAAAGAUAUUUCAUAUUUUGAUGAAACGAAAGAGUAUUCAAAAAAAAGGUUUGAUAAGUUUAAUGAUAUAUAUGAAAUUAUUACUAAUCAUAAGAACAAGCAACCUCAUAUAAAAGAAAAUAAUAUAAAAUAUAUAACAAGAAAUGUGAACUAUGAUAGACUGUCUGUUGAUGAGAAGAAGAAAAAAAAUGAUAUUAACAAUAUAGAUAAGUAUGAGAAAACAAAGACCUGUUCAUACGUUUUAAAUAAUUUACAUAAGAAAUAUAAUCAUCAUAAUAAUAAAAUGUAUGAUGAAUAUAAAUUUUAUGAUUAUUACGAAUUGAUUAACAAAAUAAAGAAAUUGAAAGGUUUUAAAAAUGUAAUAGAGGAAAGAGGAAAGGGAAAUGAUAAUAGAUUAGGUGUCAGCUCUACAAGUAAUGAUAAAAAAAAAAAUAACAAAAAAAGAUAUAACAAUAAUAAUAAUAAUGAUAAUAAUAAUGAUAUUAAUAACGAUUGUAAUAAUAAUAAAUAUAAUCCUUGUUGUAGUAGUUGUAAUGGUAAUGUUUUAUCUUCUUCAAAAACUUUUAAUAUGUGUGAAGGAGAUAAGAAAAUUUCAUAUGGAAGGCAAAUAACAAAUUUGGUUAGUUGCUAUAAAUAUAAUAAUCAAUUAAAAAGCCCUUAUAACAUCCACACGAUAAAUCAACAGGUCCAUGAUAAUAAUAUAUAUGUGGACAACCAACAUAUGUUAUAUCAUAAUUAUACUGAUAAUUUAAAAUAUAGUAAUUAUAAUAAAAUGAAUGAUUUGUCUUAUAAUCUACAUGAAAAAAAAAAUAGUUUUUCCAAUUUUAUAAAUAGUGGUCCACGUGAUAAUCCUAUGGAGUUGUGUAAAAAAUUGAAGAAAGCUGUAGAAUAUAAAGAGAGGGUAAUUGAUAUAAAUAAAGAGAAGGAUUUUGUUUUGCUUGGUAUAUCCAAAACGUGUGUAAAAAAAUGUAAUACAUGUUCAGGUGAUAAUGUGACGAAAGAUAUAGACAAAUGUGUUGAAGAUGAAGAGAAAAGCAAAGAAGGUGUAAUAUUAAAUUAUAUGAAAAAGGAUAUAUUAUUUUAUAAUACUUUUAAUAGAAAUAAUAAUGAUCCGAAUAGAAAAGAAAAACCAAAAGAAUGUGAUAAAUAUAAUAAGGAUGAUGUUCAUGUCCUUUGUGAUCAUGAUCAUUUUUCUCACAGUAAAAGUUCUCAUACAACCAAAAAUUCAAACACUAAAUUAUAUAAUGUAAAGGAAAAACAUAUACAUAUAAAUAAGGUAUACAAUAAUGUAUACUUUGUGGAGGGGCAAGAAAAAUUAUAUUCCCCUUCUAUAAAAGAGGAGACCCAAUUUUAUAUACAAAAUGAUUAUAAACAUGAUGAUAAUGUUAAAAUGUUAUCAUAUAACUAUUAUAAUGAUAUGGUAUAUAAAAAUUCAAAAGGUAUGAUUGACUCUUUAUCUACACAACAUGCUUUUAAGGGAGAGGAAACUGUGAUAAAUAUAAAUAAGCUGCGUAGACGUUUUAGUAUAAUGAAUAGAAAAGUAUAUAGUGAUUCUGUUUUAUAUUUUUAUGGAGCACCAUGGUGGCUUAAUAAAAUUAGAAGGGGCCAAAAAAUAGGCCAAGAAAAAAAACACAAAAAAAAAGAUGAAAAUAAAAAAAAAAAUAAAAAAAAUAAAAAUAAAAAUAAUAAUAAUAGUAACAAUAUUAAUAACAAGCAUGGAAGAGUUAUCCAAUAUACUGAUGAAAAAAUCCAAAAUGAUUAUUGUAAAAAUAAAGAGUCAUCAAAAAGGGGGAAUCAUAAAAUGAUGAGGAAGGAAAAAAACUUGAAUUCUUCACUUUUAUCAAUUAAUGGCAAAUGUUAUAAUAAAUGGAAAAAAAAUUAUAAUAAAACAAGAAAACCUAAAAAUGAAGGUAGGAAAGGAGAAAAAUAUAUUUACUGUUAUGAGAAUAUUAAAAUAUUAGAAGAUAUAAAAGAUAGGUUUUUUAAUGAUCAUAAGCGUAAUAAUAUAUUAAAUGAAGAGAAUUUUAUUAAAGAGCAUCAAAUUAAUGGUAGAAAUAAGGAACAUGUGAAUGAAAAAAACAAAGAAGAAGAUACUUUUAACAUAAGUAAAGAGAAUACAAAAGAAGGAAGUUACAUUAUAACACAUAAAAAUAAAAGGAACAUGGACAAUAUAAAAAUAGGACGAUAUGACAAUAUCAAUGAUAAAAAAGAAUUUAGUUCUAACAUUUUAUAUAAAUGUGUUAAAAAAAAUGAUAAAAUAAAUAAAUCACAAACGAGUCUUUUUUUUGAAUUUAUGAAAGGGAAAGGGGAUCAAAAACAUAAUGUUAUAAAAAAAGAGGAUGUAUUUAUUAAAACGUUUAGAACAAAUAAAAGUCCAACCGAAUUAACAAAAAAAAUUUCGGAUUACAAAUGCAACUUGUUAUAUACUAGUUUAGAUAGAAUCCAUAAAAAUGUUUCUAUAUAUAAUGAAAGAAUAGAAAGGACAAAGCAUGUACCACAGAAAAAGAAUGAUAACAUAGAUAUUCGCGGGAUAUACAAAUCCUACAAUUUUUUUAAAAGCAUGAAUAUGAUGAAUAGUUUAUCAAAAUGUUAUCAUACCAAAACUUGUGACUACUCUAAUUAUGAUUUUAUGAAAAAUAAGAUGAGUAAAAAGGCUCAGAAUAAGUUGGUUUCUAAGUGUAUAAGUAAAUAUAAAAAAAAAGCGAUUAAGAAGAAAGAAAGGAAGGAAACAACAACAACAAAAAAAAAAUAUAUAUAUAGAAAGAAUGAAAUAUCGAUAUCGUUUGAUGGAAACGUAUUUGGACAUGAAAAUAGGAAGAGAACAAAAGAGAACAAUAAAAGUAAAGAAAGUGCAUAUACUUCGAAGAGUAGGAAAAAUAAUAAAAUAAAAGGAGAAGAAAAGAAAACAAAACGUUCCCUUUGUUCGUACAAAUUAAGAAAAAUGAAACAUUUAUGUGUUGAGAAUAAGAUGCACAUAAAAAAAAAUGUACGCCAAAUAAUAAAAAAAAAAAAAAAAAAUAUAUAUAAGACCAUAAAAUGUUUGAACAGUUAUAAGACUUUGAUAGACCAGGUGAACGUAAAAGGGGAUGAAGAGCAUAAAUUAAGUAACCAUGUUAAUAACAAAAAAAAAAAAAAAAAAAACUGUAUUAAUGAAAAUAAUGAUGAUAAUAAUAAUGAUAAUUAUAAUGAUAAUAAUGAUGAUAAUAAUAAUGAUAAUUAUAAUGAUAAUAAUAAUGAUAAUUAUAAUGAUAAUAAUAAUGAUCAUAAUGAUCAUAAUAAUAAUGAUAAUAAUAAUGAUCUUAAUAAUGAUCAUCGUAAUGAUAAUAAUCAAAGGGAACAUAGUUGUGAGGAAAUAAACAUACAGAACGUGGAACAAAAAUGCGAAGGAGAAAAAUAUGAAGGAAAAAGAAAAAACAAAUAUACAUAUUAUAAUAAUUACUAUAAAAUAAAUGGAAAAAAUGAGAUACAUGAUGAUUAUAAUAUAAAGAGCCAUGGAAGUAGAAUUAAUUAUAAUAUUUUUAAUAUAAAAGAUAAUAAACAUAAUAAUAAUGAUAAAGGAGAAAAAAGUUGUGAAUUAAAAAAAUGUUCAAUUCCUUAUGUAAAGGAAAAAUAUAAUUUAGAAAAUAAUACAUAUGAGAUAAUAGGAUUAAUAUAUUAUGGUGAUAAAUCUCAAGUGUAUAAAUGUAUAAAUAUGAAUAACAAAAGAGUAUAUGCUAUGAAAGUAGUAUUAAAAGAGUGUAAUGAAAUAUUUGUGGAUAAUUUUAUAAAAAAAUAUUUAUUUUUAAAAAAUAAUCCUCACAAAAAUAUUAUAUCUAUAUAUGAUAUAUUUUGUAAUAACAAUUAUAUCUGUAUAAUAAUGGAUUAUUGUGAAGGGUCUACAUUAUUAGAUUAUUUUAUGUCUUUAGUACCUGGUUCUUUGGAUGUAUAUGAAAUAAAAAAGAUAAUGAAAAACAUCUUCAUAGCUUUAGAUUUCUUUCAUUCUAAUAAUAUUAUUCAUAGAGAUAUUAAAUUAGAGAAUAUUAUGUUUAAAAAUAAAAAAAGGAAAAAAAAACGUUUUAAUUAUGAAAAAUAUGGUAGUUUUUUGUUUAAUAAUCAUGAGGAAAUUUCAUUCUCAACAUCUUGUAGUAACCUUCAUAAGAAAGACCUUCAAUUGAGAGGAAUGGAUACUAUUGGGAAAAAAAUUAUGGGAGGAAAGAAGUUUAUUAGAAAUCUAUAUAAUGAGAAACAUAAGAAUUUAAAUAUUUUUCAGAAAAAUUGUUCACACAUAUUAUUAAAAAAAAAUACUAAGAAGAAUAUAUUAUCGAAUGAUAUUCAAUUGAAGAGCCCAAAAUGUUAUAUAAAAUAUAAUAAUAAUAUGGAUACAUUAUUUAAUUAUGAAGAUGAUAGUAAUUGGUCAUAUAAUUCAUCUAUAUGUUAUGAUAUAAUACAAGUGAGUGACGAAGAAGAAUAUGAUAAUGUAAAUAUAAAAGAUAAAUUAUAUGAAUAUAAUAUGUGUACUGAUUCAUCAAGAUAUGAGAGAAUUGUAAAUUAUGAAAAUUCAAUACAUUCUCAUAAUCCAUAUGGUACCAAUUCAAAAUAUGAAACCUUUUGUGACGACGCAUUUCCUUCUCAGAUUUGUUCCAUUCAUAAUUAUAAUAAAAAAGGUGGACGUUAUAAUUUUAGUAAAUUAUAUAAAAAUAAAAAAAAUAUGAAAAGUAAUAUGAAUCCAUCAUUUAGUGAUUUAUGUAUAAUAGAUAUGGAUAUGAUCGAAAUUGUUUCAAAAACAAAAUUUCCUGGAAUAAACAAAUCAAAAAUUAUAUGUGGAACUCCACCAUAUAUGCCACCAGAAUCAUUUGAUGGUAUUGUUUCACCGGGGAAUGACAUAUGGGCAUGUGGUGUUAUUUUAUAUGUAUUAAUGGAUGGACGCUUCCCAUAUGAAAUUAAUAAUUAUAUGCCUAUUCAUUUAAAAAAAAAAAUAUUAAUGGAAAACAAACCAAAAUUUGAACCUUUCAUAUGGAAACAACAUACGGAUCUUUUAGAUCUAUGCCUAAGGUUAUUAGAUCCUAACCCUUGGACAAGAAUACAAAAUGCUCGAGAAGCCUUAAUACAUUAUUCUUUUAGAGAUUUGAUAUAA